AUGUCAGGCGGGGGUCGGGGGGGUAGUGACUCCGCCAACGCGUGGAGUUUCGUGAAGGAGCAGGAGCUUACGACGGACACGGAGCAGGAGCUGAAGGCGCUGCAAGCAGGCCCGGACCCCAGCCUCGCGUCCUUGCAUGUGUCCAAGUCCUUUCCGCCGGAGGUGGGCAAAGCAGCAGCGGCGAGCGCGGCAGGCGCGGUGGGGGGGAGGGGGAACCUGGGGAACCUGCAGCCGCUGCCAGUCGCGCCCCCUACCGUGCCAUCUGGCGCGUCUUCUCCGCGCAGCGGCCCCUCCACGCCGCCUGAACCAUCAGCCAUGGGAGCUGCAGGAAGAGGAGGAUUAGGAGGAUUAGGAGGAUUAGGAGGAGCAGGAGGAUUAGGAGGAGCAGGAGGAGCAGGGCUGUACGGUUCUUCCCCUUCGAAACAGCCGUUGGAGCACAGGUCUCCCCAUCCGCACACCGUGUCGCCAGACAGACGGGGUCAAGCCUCCAACCCCCUGCCCCUCCCUCCCGCCAGACAAGUAGGCGCGCUGGGCUCAGGACCAAUGGCCGUGAGAAUGGAAGCACCGGCGCCAGGUGUAGGCCCAGGUGUAGGGUCAGGUGUAGGGUCAGGUGUAGCAGCAGCACCAGGGCCUGUCCGCGCGCUCUUCCCCGUGCAUUCCUCCCCUUCCCGGGACCUCGAAGCCGUUUCUGUGAACCAUCCGCCGUCUCACGAGGCUCCGCCGUCAAUCCUCGUAGGUCGAGGAGCAGCAGGGGGCGUGGGCGGUGCUGCUGCUGGUGCUGGUGGCACCGGUGGUGCUGGCGGGUUUGGUCGUGCUGAUGGUGGGUUUGGUGGUGGUGAUGGCGGUGGGUUUGGCGGUGGUGGGGGAAGUGGGGAUGUUAGUCCUCUCGCGCGAGGGAGGUCCGUGUCUACAUCUGGAGCGCCCGGUGGCGGAUCUCAGGGGCACAGCCCGCGGACUCCCGCGCCCUCUCCUAUGGAUGGAGCUGUAGCAGCUGUAGCAGCUGUAGCACCUGUUGCGUCCGCUUCAGCUGGCACUUCGCCGUCUGGCCGCCACAGAAUGUCCCCGCCAGCAGGAGUGCCCUUUGGUGCUCCGCCUGUUGCCGGGAACCCUGCUGCGUUGAAUCGGCAAGGAAGUGGAGGGGUGGGUGGGGGAUUCGGAGGAGGGAUGGGCGGGAAUAUGGGCAGAGGAAUGGGAGGAAGCAUGGGCGGAGGAAUGGGAGGGAACAUGGGCGGAGGUAUGGGGGGAGGAAUGGUCGGAGGAAUGGGGGGCAACAUGGGCGGUGGUAUUGGGGGAGGAAUGGGCGGAGGAAUGGGGGGAGGGAUGGGGGGAGGACUGGGCGGAGGAAUAGGGGCAGGAAUGGGGGGAGGAAUGGGCGGAGGGAUGGGCGGGGGCGGAAUGGGGGGAGGGCUGAUAGCAGGAGGAAUGACGCCACCAGGGGGCAUGAUGACGCCACCAGUAGGAGGUAUGGCAACCCCACCCGCUAGCAGCUCCAAGCUCUCAACUCAAUCUGCAUCCCCCUUCCGAAUCAAACCUCUCGUGCCCAAGCUCGAGCCCCUCCCAAUUCCCACCACCAAAUCCCCCGUUGCCUCCCCCAGAGCCGCCACAGACAGGCCGCCGCUGCCCUUUGAACCUUCUCAGAACCCACAGAAUCCGAUGUUUCCCAAGUCGGCAAGCCAAACGUCCACCCCCGGCCAAGUGUCGAGAGUCGGCUCGAUGAAUGAUGGGCACGGGAGGGAUGUUGUCGGGCUGCCCGGAGGAGCAGGGUUCGGGCAGCAUUUCGGGCAGCCGCAGCCAGGGCAGCAAAUAGGUCAACAGUUUGGGCAGUCAGGGCAGCAAUCAGGGCAGCAGUUGGUUCAGCAAUCAGGUCAGCCGUUUGGGCAGCAGUCAGGGCAGCAGUCAGGGCAGCAGUUAGGGCAGCCGUUGGGGCAGCAGGUGCAGCAGCAGCUGGGGAGAGAAGGCAUGCUUCCCUGGCAGCAAUUUCCCAAAUCAUCCAGUCAAAGCCAGGCGUCCACCCCUGGAAACCUCUCCAGGGGAGGUUCCACUAACGAGGGCUCCAUGCUCGUGCCUCCAGGUGGCUCUCCUAUAGUCACAGCAGCAGGCGCUGGAGCAGAAGGUGCUGGGGAUGAGGAGGGGGACGGGUGGGUGCCUCAGAGGGGAAGGUGGAAGAAGGGCAGCAGGAUAGGGUCGGGAGGAUUCGGGUCCGUGUACAAAGGAAGCGACAUCGAUACAUCACGUGUGUUUGCGGUCAAGGAGGUCAAUAUCUCGGACCACAACUCUAUCUCUCAGCUCGUGCAGGAGAUCGAUACUUUGAAGAAAAUGCGUCACAAGCGCAUCGUCCGAUACCUGGGCUCGGAAACUGACGACAAGUGCAUGUAUCUCUUUCUCGAGUACAUGGACACAUCGCUCUCCAAGUACCUGGAGGACUUUGGCCCCUUGGAGGAGCAUCAGAUCGCCAAGUACACUCGCCAGCUGCUGGAGGGGCUGGCUUACCUGCAUGACAACAACAUCGUUCAUCGAGACGUGAAGGGGAAGAACAUUCUGCUGGAUACCAAGGGAAACGCCAAGCUCGCUGACUUUGGUGUAGCGAAAUAUGUGGAGACGCCAUCAGACAUGUCGGGCAUGCGCGGCACUGUGUGGUGGAUGGCGCCUGAGGUGAUCAACAAGCGGCCGGACGGGUACAACUGGCCGGUGGACAUCUGGAGUCUCGGUUGUACUGUCAUUGAGAUGGCCAUGCGGGUUGUCGAUAAGCGUCUGCGCAUCCCUUGGCUUGACAUCGAAGGCAAGCCGCCCUGGGGGGCGUCGCCCACUGACGGGGGGGCAGGACGGCCCGCAAACCCGAAACCCCUAUUGAUGGGGGGCGUGUCGCCUCUCCCUCGCCUCUCCCUCGCCUCUCCCUCGCCUCUCCCUCGCCUCUCCCUCGCCUCUCCCUCGCCUCUCCCUCGCCUCUCCCUCGCCUUGUCCUCGCCUCCCUCCCCGGCCCUCCCCUACCUUAGAAUAGGCGGCACAACAACCCCACCGCCCAUCCCCAGCCACCUCUCAGACUGCGCCAAGGACUUCCUCCGCCACUGCCUCGCUGUCAACCCCUCCCACCGCCUGCGAGCCCACAAGCUCAUGCAGCAUGUGUUUGUCGCAGGGCCAGUGCCCGUGGGGAUGGGGUUGAGCAGUGGAGGCAUGGGCAGUGGAGGCAUGAGUAGUGGAGGCAUGAGUUCGGGUCAUUUGGACGCUCCUCGCUCCCCCAGUGCCAGCGGUGUCGGCGGUGGUAGGAGGGAUCCAGAACCUUUGUUUGGUGGCAGUGGCAUUGGCGGUGUUGGUGUUGGUAGGGGGGACCCGGAGCCUCUGUUUGCAGCAGGUCCUGCAACUUCUGCUGCUGGUGGCAGUGUGGGUGGUUUGGCUGGUAAUGGUGGUCCGGAGCCGUUGUUCCGAGGCUCGGGUGGCGGUUCGGGUCCCGAGCCUCUCUUCUCCGCCAGCAGCACUGCAGCUUCCAGCGCUAGUGGUAGAAGCCAUUCAGGUUCGGGCCCCGAGCCUCUUUUCCCGAGCCAGGACAACCGGACCUCACCUCCUCCUCAUCACCAGUACCAGCAGCAGCAGCAGAUGCCUCUCGACCGCACACGCAGUCCCACAUCUAAUGAGUUACAACCCGUUGGAGGCACAGGCAGCAGCAGCAACAACAGUAUUAAUUACCCAGGCAAAUCCCCGCCUAGAAGCAAGCCUAAAUCCCUCUCCGGCCCUCUCACGCCGCCCCGCCGCCGCCCGGACAGAGAGUCAGGACGCACAUACAGCCAUGGAAUGCCGGCCCUUCCAGACCAAGCAGCUUACCUGGAGGAGAGUGAAGGGGCGGGGGAUCGGCCAUAUAGCGGUGGUGGGAGAUCGUUGGGGGGAGAGCAAGAUGGGUAUCCAUCUGGCAGUGGCAGCAGCAGCAGUAGCGGUGGUGGGUUUGGUGCUGGUGGUGGGGGUGGUGGUGGUGCUGGUGGUGGUGGUGGGGGUGGAGGGAUGUAUGGGGCCCCUCAUGGCCUUUCUCCUCCUCCUCCACCUCCUCAGAUGGUCGCUAGGGGGAGUAGUGCAGAUGGGUAUGGCAGUGGUGGAGAUGGAGACGUUUCCCCACACCGAGCUUCCUCCCUCUCCAUCCCCCCACACGACCGCCCCCACAACUUCCCCUUGCAAGGCCCCCACACGGCUCCCUUGCACCAGUCACCCAGCCAGUACCCCUACUCUUCCCAGCAAAACCCAUACCACCACCCCCAACCGCAGCAGAACCCCUCUUACCCCCAGCGGCCUUACGACCACUACCCCCCGCCGCCGCCUAACCAAUACUCCCAGCAGAUGUGGCAGGGUGGGGGGGGGGGAGGAGGGGGAGGAGGGGGGCGGAUGGGGGGUGGGUGGGAACAGGGGGCAGAGGGAAUGGGUGGGUAUGGUUCUUCAACUCAAGUCUCUGGUGCUGGUGGUGGGGGUUAUUCUGGUAAUAUACGGGGGGACAUGAGAGGAGGUAUGGGCCCAGGCAUGGUAGCAGGUUCGGGAUCAGAUAUGGCGGGAAUCCGUGCCGCGUUCCUCCCGCUGCUGCUUCUCGCCGGCCUUACCGCGUGCGCGGGAUUCUCCGCCAGGCCGUUCUUUCCCGGCGUAUCUGUUGAAACUCCCCAAAAGGGAUUCUCCGCCAGAACGUUAUUUCCUGGCGUCCUUCGCCUGCCGUUGGCUGACGUGGCAGAGCCUCAGCAACUGCUGCUGCAGCAGCAGCAACAGCAAGACGCCGACGCGGAAAAUGACGGCACCGGCAGCCGCAGCAGCAGCAGGAUUGGACUGAGAGGAAGCGGCUCCUUUCUUGCGAGAGACGCGGUUGAUACUUCGCAGAGGCAGGAGCCGCAGCUGCCGAAUCAGAAGGAGAAGAAGCUGAAGCUGAAGCAGCCUCCCCCGUCGCAGGGAGUGGCGUACCGUGCAGUGCCUGAUCCCGACCUCGCAAGCCCCCCGUUUGAGUCACCCUACACGGCCCCUGACAUUCCCUUGGACUAUCACCAGCAGAACGGCACCAACUACCCCGAGCAGGUGCUUCUCGCCCCAGCUUCUCCCGAUGGCCUUUUCAUGUUUGUACGGUUUGUCAUCCCCAACAUCAUGCCGUUAAGCGCAUGUGAGAGGAGGCACAAACUUCCGAUUGACCUGCUCACGGAACUAGGGGAAGAGGCAGGGCGUGUCAUCAAGUCUAGUGAGGGGAAAGCAGGUGUGGGGGAGGAGGAAGAGGACGAGAAGGACGCGAAGGAGGGGGAGGGAGGAGAAGAAGAAGGGGAGGAGGGGGAAGAGAGGGAGGUGGAGGGGGGUUUUGUGGAAGGCGGGAUGGGUGCGAGCAAGUGCAGGCGCAAGCGCUCUGUGCUUUAUGGCACGGACCCCAACGCCCUCAACCAGUCAGCAAGGUGCAGCAAGAUCCAUGUGCUAAUUAAAAUUGGAAAGGCAAACUUUGUUCAUCUGCGCAAGCGCUCCCUGCACUAUGGCACGGACCCAAACGCCCUCAACCAAUCAGCCAGUGGUCAUUCCUUCCGCUAUGCAUUCGCAGAGGGCACAGACGGAGCAUACGUGUCGGGAGAUACAUUCUUCAUCCCCAUCGGCCCACUCGUCCCCGCAACGCGCUACUUCUAUCGAAUCGAGGGCUCCCCAACCACCCACUCCUUCACCUCGCUUCCUUCUCCUGGCUCUGCUUCCGCCUACCCGUUCAAAGUCGCACUUGUGGGCGAUGUGGGUCAGACGCUCAACAGCAGCACCACAUUCGACAACGUGAAAGCCGGCAGCCCCAGCCUGGUGCUGUUUGCAGGGGAUCUUAGCUACGCUGACCAGUACGGCCCACCGCACUGCACACCUAUGGACUCUGCUCAAUCUCUCCUGACUGCUGAUUCUCCUGAGGCUGGCGGAAAGAGCGAGAGCGAGAGGGAAAGGACGAGCAAGAUAUGUGGGCUGGGAGGGGUGCGCUGGGACUCCUAUGGCCGCUUGUCCGAGAAAGUAUUUGCUCAUAUCCCUGUGGCGCACGUCCCAGGGAACCAUGAGAUCGAGCUCGUGCCGAGGUGGGGCGAGCUGCGGCCGUUCAAAGUGUAUUCUGCACGGAUCCCCCCUCUGCUGCACCACCACCACCCGCUGCUGGCGAGCCUGCUGUCCAAGGCUGGACUUACUCCCAACCACCAUCACCAUCAUCAUCACCACCAUGCGUACCCGGCCAAGGCACCGCUCUUCUACUCCAUGGACAUCGGCCCCGUGCAUGUGAUCGCCAUCAACUCCUACUCGCCUUUCGUUAUCUACACGCACCAGUGGUACUGGCUGCGGGACGACCUGUGCCGCAUCGACCGCGAGAAAACCCCGUGGGUGGUGGCGUUCAUGCACGUGCCUCUCUACAACAGCAACGAUGGGCACUACUUGGAGGGCGAGCCAAUGCGGUACGAGAUAGAAGAGUGGUUGCACGAGGCAGGGGUGGAUCUGGUGGCGAGCGGGCACGUGCAUGCAUACGAGCGCAGCUACCCUGUGUACGGGAUGAAGCGCAUGGAGAACGGGUGUGCCGCCGUGCAUGUGACAGUUGGGGAUGGUGGCAACAUUGAAGAGAUCGCCGGCCCUUUCCUUGAGCCGCAGCCGUCGUACAGCGCGUAUCGUGAGGAGUCGUUUGGGCAUGCUGAGCUGGUGUUUAACGACAAUCACACCGCCACCUACAGCUGGUACCGCAACCACCAGGGAUCGGGCGUGCUCGCGGAUUCCUUCACGCUUCUCAAUCGCGCCAACAGCUGCGGCGGCCUUCGCCGCCCAUCCUUCUGCUCCUCCUAG